AUGUGGAAAUCCGCUUUUCCCACGGCCGCAGUGGCUGAUCUGUCACUCCUCCAAACUGGCCGCUGUCUAAGCUGCCAAUUCCGCAACCCAGCGACCCUCACACGCCUCCGGACCACGCCAUUGGCAGCGCGUCACUAUGCCAACAAGGCCGAGAACACCAGCGAACCGAAAGACCCCGUCCCCGUCCUCCGGAACAGAAAGGACGAGACAAGAAAUCGCCUGACGAGUGCCAUUGAAUUCAAACAAAACCCCGCUGGUCAAGACGGUCCCCAGCCCGGAGAUGCAGACUUCGUUCCUCCCAGCCUGGACCGACCCAUUGGCAGUCCAGAACCACCACAAGAAGGCCAGAACACGGGCGUGGACCCACGCUCCAUGCGCCAGCGCCGCGACGAUUUCACCAACUACGAUCGACACAUCAAGCGGCGCAAGGAACUGACGAAACAAGUCGCCAAACCCUACUUCCGCGAAUGGUCCAACCUCCGUUUCGCAGAGGGCAAGACAUUCAUCUCGAACCCCCGUCUUUUCAAAGCAGACCGAGCUCUCUAUUUCCCAAACAUGCGCGGCAUCACCCUGGCAAGCCCGAAAGAUCCACAGGAUACGACAACGCAGCUGCGCGGCAGUAUCAGUGUCGUGAACCUGUUCUCGAGCGUAUGGGCCGAGGGCCAGGUUGCGACUUUCACGGGGCCAGAACAGAACCCUGGCCUUGUGGAGGCUAUGACUGCCGGAGGGAGGUUUGUGCAAAGAGUCGAUAUCAAUCUUGAGGAGAACCGGUUGAAGGCAUUCCUGGUGAAGAGAUUCAUGUGGCGGAUGCGACAGAAGUUGGCGAAGGAGCAGCACUCGCGCUACUUCCUUGUUGAGAAAGGCUUUGAUCAGCCUCUUAAGGAGACUGUUGGCAUGAUGAACUCUAAGGUUGGAUAUGUCUUUUUGAUUGACUCCGAGUGUCGCAUUCGCUGGGCUGGUAGUGGUCCGGCUAACGCGACUGAGCUGGAAGGACUUAAUGCUGGCGUGCGGAAGCUUGUUCAGGAGAAGAAGGAAGCUCUUCGGGCGCAGGACCCAAAUCGCAGAUAUUAA